CAAUGAAGCAUAGUAACUCCUUCAACCCUCUAUAUUAUCCUUGAAUCAUUGUGCAUUUUCUAUUUAGUUCGUUUGAUUUAUCGAAAAAUUCGUAUGAGUCAUUAUCCCACGAGACAUUGAUUAGGCAUUUAGGCUUUGGAAUUGGAUGAACGGGUCAGGACAACUUCAAGGAAAAAUUUAUAGAAAGGAAAAAUGAAACAGAGGAGUUUCUUUCUAAUCCUCUGUUUUGGCCUCGUAAGCUUCGGUGUUGCUUCGGUUUCAGCACAACAACAAUGCAUGAACCGUGGAGGUUACAAUCCCGGCAGUGCUUACGACGAGAAUCUCCAACUAAUACUCUCUUUUCUUCCUUUCAACGUCACUGCUGAAGACGGCUUCUUCUACAACGGUUCGAUUGGACAAGAACCGAACCGUGUCUACGCAGUAGGGAUGUGCAUCCCAGAAUCCACUUCAGAUGAGUGUUCUGUUUGUAUCAUGACCGCGUCUGAUCGUUUGAAAAAGAGUUGUCCUAGCGAGUUAGAGGCGUAUUCAUGGACAAGUGAGGCAACACUUUGCUUUGUGCGCUACUCCAGGAACUCUUUCUUGGGAUUUGUAGAGCUAGGACAAAAUAAUUUGCUCUUAAAUGUUAGUGAUAUCGACUCAAAUGUAACAGAGUUCAAGGAAAAACGGGAAGCCUUAGCUGUUCGUAUGAUUGCUGCAGCCUCCACAGCAAAAAGCACAUCAUCGUCUAGUAAUAACCAUUACAAAGCUGAUGUUGCAGCCUUAACACCUGUCCAGAAUGUAUACGCAAUGAUGCAAUGCACGCCUGAUGUUUCUUCUAGUGAUUGUGAAAGUUGUCUGCGAAGCCUGUCAUGCUGUGGUCAGAAGCAAGAAGGCGUUAUUAUGAUGCCAAACUGCUUUUUCCGUUGGGGUUUGUAUGCAUUCUCUAAGGCUUUUGAUAAUAUUGCUGUGGCAUUUCCUACUCCUAGUCCUCCGUUGCAACCUCCUUCUGUCAAUGGUAGUAGAAAAAACUCAACAAGAGCUAUUGUGGCAAUUUUUGUUCCUAUUGUAGUAGUCGUCUUUAUCAUCAUCAUCAUCAUCUUGAUACUACUUGUUCGGCGAUCUUCAAUAUUUUGCUGGAGGAGAACACCAUAUCAAGAACUUGAUCUUCAAUCUGAUAGUACAACUGCACGCUCCCUCCAAUUCGAUUUUAAGGAAAUUGAAGUUGCAACCAACAAAUUCAGUAACAAGCUUGGCCAAGGUGGAUUUGGCGAAGUUUUCAAGGGUACGUUGCCUAAUGGAACAGAAGUUGCAGUGAAGAGGCUAUCAAAAACAUCAGCACAAAGUGCACAAGAGUUCAAGAAUGAGGUUGUUGUUGUUGCAAAACUUCAGCAUAGGAAUCUUCAUAGGCUUCACGGGUUUUGUCUAGAAGGAGAAGAAAAGAUGCUUGUUUAUGAAUUUGUCCCCAACAAGAGCCUUGAUUACUUCCUCUUUGACCCUACAAAGAAAGAGCAAUUAGACUGGACAAAACGUUACAACAUUAUUGGUGGAAUCACUCGAGGAAUUCUAUAUCUUCAUCAUGAUUCACGGCUCACAAUCAUACACCGUGAUCUCAAAGCCAGAAAUAUUCUCCUAGAUGCCGAUAUGAACCCGAAAAUUGCUGAUUUUGGAAUGGCAAGAAUAUUUGGGAUGGAUCAAAGUGGAGCUAAUACAAACAGAAUAGUUGGGACACGCGGUUACAUGCCUCCAGAAUAUGUAAUGCACGGACUGUUCUCAAUGAAAUCUGAUGUCUAUAGCUUUGGAGUCUUAGUUCUUGAAAUUAUAUGUGGUCGACAAAACAUAUUCGUCCACCACUCAGACACUACAGUUGAGAAUUUGGUGACAUAUGCUUGGAGGUUGUGGAGAGACGGGACACCAUUAGAACUCGUGGAUCCAACCAUUUCAGAGAAUUGUCAAACUGAAGAAGUGACAAGGUGCAUCCACAUUGCGUUGCUAUGUGUUCAACACGAUCCCACAGAUCGUCCCGACAUGUCGACAAUCAACAUGAUGCUCACUAGAAACUCUCUUAACUUACCUGGUCCUCAACCACCCGGAUUCUUUGUUCCAAAUAGAUGCAACCAAGAACGAGAGGGCUCCGAGUCUAGCCAGUAUACUAUCAGGUACAGUUCCCAAACUAUCAAUGAUGUAACCUCUAUAGAUCUGGAUUCUCGCUGAAGAUCACUGAAAACUAUAUGUCAGAAACCAUGUUUCAGCUCUUUUCAUUUUCUUGAAUUGUAAUCCAAAAGUCCAAUGUUAUGUGUAAACUUGUUAAAUUUUAUCAUGUCUACACUGCAAUAUCAGAUCUUUGUUAUGAUA